AAAUCUACCUGCGGACUCAGAAGCUACAGGAGGGCUGUGGAUUACGUCAGGUCUCCGCAGUCCCGCUCCUUUCCCGACCAGAAUCCCUUAUGUGCAUUCAUCGACAUCAUUGAUCAGUGAAGUAUUGAUUGCGAUGGCAGCCAGUGUAGGACUACCCAUGAACCCGCCGCACGCGGCGGAGGAGCGCGCGGUCUUCGCGCAGCUGAAGCCCGUCAGGAUGUCGGGAGCGGACGGAGGCGAGGACGCGUCCGUGUUCGAGGACGUCAAGCCCGGGACUCGACUGGAGUUGGACAAAUACCUUCCCCAGGUCAGCAGUCCUCUGGUCCCGCCGACUGAUCCCAAUGACAAGAAGUACCGGCGAGAAAGCGCCUCGGUGGUGGACGAGUAUUUCUCCGAAGAUAAACCAUCGACCCCCUACAGCCUCAACAUCAACCUCAUCCUCCCCAACACCACCCACCUGCGCACGGGCCUCUACCGGCCCAAGACCCUGACGCCGCAGCAGAUCAAGACGGAGCCGGGGCUGGAGGUGCCCUGCUCCCUCCCCACCUCCACUCAGGCGCUCCCGGACUUCACCUCGGUCUUCAGCAUGCCGCCCGUGGUCAACAACGUUUACAUUAAGCCAGAAAUGGGCCCCGGAGGAGCCGUGACUGUGGGCUCACAGCAGAACUUGGACACAGAACUUCACAUCGGGCCGCAGCCUCCGCAGCCGCAGGUCUACCACAUGCCCAUCACCAGCAGCGCCGACCUGACCAUGACCCUGUCGCACAGCACCUCGCCCGCUCAGGACUCCGCCGGCGGAAGGACGAUGCUGAACCUGGGCGGUAACUACAUGAUGGCAGAGCACCAGCUGCAGCAGCACCACGCCUACUACCAGGUCUCUCCCAGCAACGCGCCGCAGCACACGGCGCCCCACAGCCUGCCGCCAUCGCCUCCCAACUCCCAGCCCGGGAGCCCGGACGGCCACGGCGAGCUGCUCAGCUUAGCGUCGCAGCCGCCGCCGCCGUACCAGCAGCGUCUGGGAGGAGCCAAGGUGGCGGGACUCACUCCACACGCACUGCUGAUGACACACGGUCAGGGGGUUCUGACGGGUCCAAAAUACAACCGGCGGAACAACCCCGAGCUGGAGAAGAGGAGGAUCCACUUCUGUGACUACCCAGGUUGCACCAAAGUUUACACAAAGAGCUCUCAUCUCAAAGCACACCAAAGGACGCACACAGGUGAGAAGCCGUACCGCUGCACGUGGGAGAACUGCGACUGGCGCUUCGCCCGGUCAGACGAGCUCACCAGACACUACCGAAAACACACCGGCGCCAAGCCCUUCAAGUGCGUGGCGUGCAGCCGGUGCUUCUCGCGCUCGGACCACCUGGCUCUGCACAUGAAGCGCCACCAGAACUGAAAGGGACGCAGCUUGAACACUUCGACACCGCCUUGAACUGUCAGAACUGGUUGAUGCUAGCAGGCAGCGACUGCUUCCUUCCUCGGAGAUUUGGUUCUGAAAAACUUCUGUGGAUCAGUUUCUUGGGUGAACGUCUCUGGAAGGUCAGACGCCAUUUCUGAGCUUUAGAGUGGCUCCAUCCUGUCUGAACGGAAACGGCCGAUCAUGAUUUAGUUGGUUCUUCUCUUUACCAAGCAGCUCCCACGAAGACAGACCAACUCCUAAAUUGGAUCCUUCUCUACUUUUCUGCUUUUUUUUUUUACCUUCAAAGUUUUUAAAAAGUUUUUAAGGUACAAACUUUAAGCGAAGAGGCUCUGUACAUACUGGUUUUAAGAGUGUUUCUGUGUGUUUAAGGAUGCGAUGAAUGUAUUGAAAGUUAUACUUGACUCUUCUAUUUUUUUACUCAAUAUUAGCCACAAUAAAAGCCCCGCCCCCAUGGGAAAAAUCAACAGAUGCAACCCGACUCCCCAGGUCGAUCGACGGCGAUUUGCCUGUGUUUGUAUCCACAGUGUUGCCAUGGCAACAGAGGUCCUUUGAAAUUUGCUGACUGAAGAAUCAGCAAACAUUCCCUCUAAUCUCUUUUAAUUUUCUUGUACUUUUUUACCUUUUUAGCGGACGUUAGGCGUCCUGAGCGCCUCGUUGUGUAAAUUCUGCACCUGAACGAUUUAAUUUGCCUCAUAGAACCAAAAACAUGCAGCGUAACUAAACAAAAACAGUAUCGGUUUCAAGAUUUAAAAGCCUUAAAAGUCAGUAUCUUUGAAAAUAAAAAAUGUAUCCUUUUUCAAAUGAUUAUAAAUUAGGAAUGAAGACAAUUUUCAAAAGUUAACUCCACAUUUCUGUGAAAUUUACUUUAUAAUUCCUCUAGAAAUGUCUUUAAACUUCUUGCAAACGUCCCGCGUCAUCUGCAGCCGUUCUCCAUUUGGAGUUUAAUCCUCUGAAUAUUAUUACUGAAUUUAAAUCUGUCAAGUUGGACACAAAAAAUGACUUUUUGCAUGAAUUUCAGUUCCUGAUGACUAAAAUUUGCCUGGAGUUCAUGCAACUUUUGAUUCAAAUCUAAGACUUUCUUGCAUUUUAUUUUUUUUUUUUUUUAUUUCUCAUAAAACCAUUUAUUUUAAAUAUCUGUUUGCAUCUUAAAACUCCAGAAUUUUUCCCAUUCUUAGUUGUUUUAGGCAUAAAAAUCCCCAAACUUUUUUACUUUUUGUCCAAACACUUCCUGUUAUUUUCAUCUUUUUACAUUUUUUUUAAGUUUGAUCUUAAAGGAAGCAAGUUCUCCUGUUUCUGAUGGAGGGGGCGCUGGUGAGCGCCGCCGUGUACAGACUGUAGAUUUAACCUAAAACUGUAAAUAUGAUCUGCUGCUUUAAUAUUGUUUUUUCUUUUAUCCUUUUGGGAUUUUAGAUCGGUUUUAUUUGAGAGCUUAAUUUUGUUUUUGAUACCUAAUGUGUGUAAAACAGUUAUCAAAUUGAUAAUGUAAAAAAUGAAUUAAAAAAAUGAACUUUUGUGCAGCAAUGGUGUUGCAAUAAAACAAAUAAAUAUUCACUAAAAAUGUU